AUGGAUUGGGAGGACGCCUCAAAAUCAAGGGUGAAUCAACUUCAUGAGUGGGAAGAGUUUCGACUCAAAGAAUAUGAGAGCUUCGUGUUGUACAAAGAGAAGAUGAAGAGGUGGCAUGAUUCCAAAAUCUUAAAGCGAGAGUUUCAUGUGGGUGAUGACGUAUUCCUCUUCAAUUCAAGAUUGAAACUCUUUGCGGGAAAGCUUAGAUCGAAAUGGUGGGGCCCGUUCGUGAUCUCAAAUGUUUACCCAAGUGGAUCUAUUGGGUUGGAAGAUCACGAGAAGAAGAAAUUUGUGGUGAAUGGCCAAUUAUUGAAGCACUAUUAUAUGGGUGGACCUGGAGCGACUAAGGUUGAGUCACUUUGCUUCAAAGAUCCAAAAUGA